AUGGUUGCGGCGAAUGAAUACCGUCGUUCGGACGACCAUCAACAGCAGCAACACCAGCAGCAGCAGCAGCACCAGCACCAGCAACGACACCAUCAUCAUCAUCGGCGUUCACAGCAGCAGCGAGGUGGCGCUACCGGCAUACCUCUGCCGAAAGCCGGCAACCCGAAGCCGAAACCCGGCACAAGCUACCCGGAGUCGGACGACUGUGACUCACUGCCGCCUCCACCGCCGCCCGACGACGACGACUCGUACUUCGACGACAACGACAAGCUGCACGCCCACAACCUUCAUCAGCACCACCACCACCACCACCAUCAUCAGCAACAGCAACAGCAGCAACAGCAACAGCAACAGCAGCAACAUCAUCAGGGACAGGGCCAUCACCUGGCCCAUUUGACGCAAGGCGGACCCGGCGCAGGGCUGCUGCACCAUGCGCAUCACCACCACGACCACACCGUGCAUCUGCCGUCUCUGGCCGGCUUCGGGCACCUGGGCGCCGCCUCCGAGCUGACCGCCAGUCCGCAGAAGGACCGCAAGCUGCGCUCCAACUCCGAUACCUCGCACAGCACCAGCGAAAGCAGUGCCGGGGGUACGGGUGACGCCGGCAAGCAUGCGCUGGGCGGUGGAAAGCAGCAGCAGGGAGGCGCGGGCAAGGCCGGUGGGCACGGACACCAUCACCACCACCACCACCAUCACCAUCGUUCGUCAGCGACGGGCGGGGGUGGCGGCGUAGGUGGUGGCGGUGGUGGCGGCGGACUACACCCGAAGAGCAGCCGGGCCGAUUCGGUGCUGUCGAGCGACUCGGACAUCCGGUUCACGCGGCGCAAGCUCGGCGACAACCAGAAGUGUGGCUGCGCGCUGAUCGCCGGCUUCCUGCUUAUCCUGCUCUGUGCCGGCGCCAUCGUCUACGUUGGAUAUACGUACCUGCGGGCGGAACCACUCCCGGACCGGAUAUUCCGCGCUCGGUUACGCGUGACCGAGGGCGACCGGUGGACGCCGGAGCUGGCGGACCAGAACACGCUGCGGUUCCAGCACCGGGCCCGGGAUUACCGGGAGCGCAUCAACCUAAUCAUGCGCCGCUCGGACCUGCGCGAACCGUUCGAGGGCAGCGAGAUCCUGGCACUGGAUGGAAAUGACGAGCCGGGCGACCUGACGCUCCACUUUGCGCUGUACUUCGAUCCGUACGCGGAGCUCGUGUCCGCCGCCGACCUGCACGCGAUCCUGAUGGAGGAGAUCAGUGGGCAGGAGCGGAAAUAUUUCCGCAACCUGACGAUCGACCCGGCCAGCCUGGUGGUGAAGGAGGUGGUCGGUGCGGACGACGACAUCGUCGGCACGUCGUCUUCCCCGCUCGGUGGCAAGGACGGUAGCGGCGGUGGCGCUGGCGGUGGCGGCAGCGUCGUGGAGCAGGCGACGACGGUGCGGCCGGCGCGCCAGUGUGAGCCGCUCCGGCUCGGGUACUGCCGGUCGGUCGGGUACAACGUGACGACCUACCCGAACUACCUCGGCCACGACUCGCUGGCCGAGGUCGAGGCGGACCUGAUCUCGUUCCGCGAGCUCGUCGACGCCGAGUGCUUCCGGCAGGCGUUCGACUUCGUCUGCCGGCUCCUGCAACCGCCCUGCGAGCAGCGGGGCGGCGCCGACCGCGAGCCGACCGCCGGCACCGUCUGCCGCCAGUAUUGCCAGUCGUUCUGGGCCGGGUGCGGCGAGCGGCUGCCGGAGCGUAUCCGGCGGCUGCUCGACUGCGAGCGCUUCCCGGAGUCGACCGGCAUCCAGUCGUGCCACAGCAAGCCGGGCUGUACCGGUGAGCUGCAGGCGAACGCGCUCUCGUCGCGCCUGUGCGACGGUGUCGCCGACUGCGCCGACAUGUCGGACGAGAACACCUGCACGUUCUGCGCGUACGGUGCCAUCUCGUGCGGCCGGAGCCGGGCCUGCUACGCGCGCAACGCCCGCUGUGACGGCAAGCUCGACUGUCCGGACGGUGCGGACGAGAAGGAUUGCCUGGCCAUUUCGCCGCAGGUCAGCUACUUCACCUUCCCGCAGCCGAUCGUACCGUUCCGGCCACGCUUCUACGCCGAAGGCUACGCGGUGUUCUCGGAGAAGGGCACCACCGGCAAGCUGUGUUCGGUCGGCAUGGAGGCGAACGGGUACGUGCGCCACACGGUGGCCGAGUCGCUGUGCAAGGCCCUAGGCUACGAGCGUGUCGACUACGCGGAGAUCCGGAACGACACCGAGCCGAACACCAGCUACGUCCGGGUGCUGGAUCCGCGCGCCUCCGAGAUCUCGUUCGUCCGGACCCAGUGCCUGGCGCGCCAGUCGCUGUACGUCGCGUGCAGCCAGCUCGAGUGCGGCGUCCAGUCGGCUCACCCGCCCACCGGUCCCGCCGGUCCCGCCGGUCCCAUCCUCGCCAAGAUGGCGGCCCCUGGAGACUGGCCCUGGCUGGUGGCGCUGCUCCGCGCCGAUACGCACGUCUGCGACGGCACGCUCGUGUCGAAGGACUGGGUCCUCACCACCGAAUCCUGCUUCCAGGGCCAGCCGAAGGCCACUUGGAUCGCCGUCUUCGGCGCCGUACGCCUUUCUUCCUCCAACGCACCCUGGACGCAGCGGCGCCGAAUCAUCGGAAUGGUGAAGUCGCCGGUGGAGGGCAGCACGGCGGCCAUGGUGCGCCUGGAGACACCGGUCGUCUACUCGGACUUUGUGCGCCCAAUCUGCCUGCCGGACGUGUCGCUGAAGGAACCGAUCGAGCGCACCGAUACCGCGACGGCCACGCCCCAUGCCGAGCGCUACUCAACCAAGGGGGCCACCAGCUUGCAACAGCACCACCACCCGCACCCCCAGCAGCACCAUCACCACCAGCAGCAGCAGCAACAGCAGCAUCAUGCGCUGAAGGAGUACCGGCAGUACUUCGAGAUGCCGGGGACGGCCGACGGCUCGGUGCUGGGCGGUGGCCCGGACGAGUACCGGGACGCGAACCGGACGGCCAGCACGCCGGUCCUGAACCACCAGUACAGUGCCGACUUCACGGACGAAGCGUACCAGGUGCCACAGGCACAGGCCGCCGUCUCGGCCGCUGCCUAUCCACUGCCCGCCAACUCGCCUCAGACGACCGGCUACAUCGCCGCCCUCAACUACAUCGGCUCGGGUGGCGUUGGAGCGGCGGCGGCCGCGGCGGUGGUGGUGCCACCGACCGCCGCCUACCAACCGGUGCGGGUCGGGGGCGGCCAGUGGAGCAACUGUAACACGCUCGGGUGGUCACGCCAGCGGGACCAUCUGCAGCGCGUCCAGCUCAAGCUGAUCGACAUGUCACCGUGCGAGAACGUCUCGAUCGCCACGGUCAACAGCCUGUGCGCGGAAGCGGCCUACCACAAGCAGGACUGUAGCGAGGAGGAGUUCGCUGGGACGCCCGUCGUCUGUCUGCUGCCGUCGGCGGCGGCGAACGGCGACCGGCGCCGCUGGGCCCUGGUCGGUAUCAGCUCCUGGCGCAUCGCGUGCGCCCCGAACGGCAUCGAGCGGCCCCGAAUGUACGACAAGAUCACACCGAACACGCCCUGGAUCCGGGACACGAUAGCGGCGACGGUGUAA